CUCAAGAUGAGAGAUAGUUCUCAAUGCUAUAAUUUGAAUGUCUUUGAAAAUUCCACUAGUAUUAUACAAGCUUUCUCUUUUUCUAUACUCAGAGAGUUACUAAUGCAAUAAGCUUUGUCUAAUGACAUCAUAGUGUAGUCCAAAUUCAUUGCAUAAGGACUCAUCACAGUACAUGGAUUUGUAAUCAUGUGUCCUCAGAGCAUCCUCGGAACUUAGUAAGAUGUGUUUUCCAAUUUUACAGAUAAAUAAGCCUAAGCUGAGAGAAUUAGGUAAUUACUUAGGUCAGUGACUUAAAUACAUUAUGAAUCACGAGUUAUUUUGAUAUCAAGACCUCUUUCUAGCAAUGCUGCCAUAUUGUACUCAUCAUGUUCAUUUCAAUGUGGUUCUCAUCUAUAUUGAACUGUAGAUUCUGUGUUAGCAUUUAUUACCUCUGCUCCGGUAUUGAUUCUUUUAUGUUAGGUUUGGCAGUAAGGGCCUUAGAAAUUCCUCACAGUGAAUUUUUAAGAUCUGGAAGAGACUAGUUUGAAAUACUCAUUUUAAUAUGUACCACAGAGGUAAUGGAUUCUAAUUCUCUGGUUAUUGAAGUUUGCCAAAAGAAAAAUUGUACUUCCACUGAAGAAAAAAAUAGCUAGUCUUUGCACUCUGAAUAAGUUUGUUUCAUUAGGGUUUUUUGGUCAAUUUUUCUUUAAGAGACAGGGUCUUACUCUGUUGCCCACACUCAAGGGAUCCUCCUGCCUGAGCUCUCCACAGUAGCUGGGACUACAGGUUUGCACCACCAUGCCCAGCUAAUUUUUUCAAAACCUUUUUGUGGAGAUGGGGUCUUGCUGUGUUGCCCAAGCUGGUCUUGAACUCCUGGCCUCAAGCAAUCUUCCUGUCUCAGCCUCCCAAAAUGUUGGGAUUACAGGCGUGUGCCACUGUGCCCAGCCUGUCAAUUUUAAAUAUGGAAAAAUAACUUAUAAAAUUAGUGCAUAUUUAGAUAUUUCUUUCCAUACACAUUUUGUCAAUGUGACUACUGGUAACAAAUGUCAAAACUCAUGUGAGAUAAUUUAUAGUUCUUUGGUUUGUUUGCUGCUGAUUUGGAAAGUGAUGUCAGAUCUUAAUUUAUAUGUGACUAUUGCUCAUGUUUUGCUUACCUCCGCUGCAAAGGGCAGGGUCCAUGUGACUGCCUGGCCACAAUCGUUUUCUAUGUGUUUAGCCCUUAAGAGUGCUGAGAAUGUUGAGUAACAGCUUCCCUCCAGAGUGGUCAGUUCUCGCAUCACAUGAGGUAGUUAAUGAAGCCUCUUACUUUCCAGCUUCUGUAAGAAAAGUAGUCAGAUAUCAUGGUCCAAGGAAUGGCCUUAUGCAUACCUGGAGUCCUUAUAACUAUCCCAUUUUAAUUAUACUGGCUUUAAAAUCUUGAAGGUAGAAAGAGGCAAUUUGAACCCCUUCUUUGUUGCCCUGAAAAAUUCCAAGGAAAAUUUAUUUCUUUGUCACAAACUGAGCUAGGCAUAAUGAAAGCACUCUGGAAAAAGGAGGUAGAGAGUACUGAUAUCCAGCAUUUAUUGCUAAGUGGUAGGAUUGGCAUCGGGCACGUUAUGUAUAUUUUUUAUCUUUUCCUCUUAAUAGCUAAAUAUGAGAUAUUCCCCCUAUUUUAAAGAUGAAGACUUUGAAAUGCAGGGUAAGUGGUGAUAGUAGGAUAUGAAGGCAAGAUUGGGCUGGGCACAGUGGCUCACGCCUGUAAUCCCAGCACUUUGGGAGGCUGAGGUGGGUAGGUCACCGAGACCAGCCUGGCCAACAAGGUGAAACCCUGUCUGUACUAAAAACAAAAAUUAGCCAGGUGUGGUGGCGGGUGCCUGUAAUCCCAGCUACUUGGGAGGCCGAAGCAGGAGAAUCGUUUGAAUCCAGGAGGUGGAGGUUGCAGUGAGCCAAGAUUGUGCCCUUGCACUCCAGCCUGGGUGACAGAGUGAAACUUCAUAUCAAAAAACAAAACAAAACAAAAAUUAGCCAGGUGUGGUGGCACAUGCCUAUAAUCCCAGCUACUUGGGAAGCUGAGACAGGAGAAUUGCUUGAACCCGGGAGGUGAAGAUUGUGGUGAGCCAAGCUCACGCCACUGCACUGCAGCCUGAGUGACUGAGUGAGACCUUGUCUCAAAGAAAAAAUUUAGGAGGCCGAGGCGGACGGAUCAUGAGGUCAGGAGAUCGAGACCAUCCUGGCUAACACAGUGAAACCCUGUCCUUACUAAAAAUACAAAAAAUUAGCUGGGUGCGGUGGCGGGCGCCUGUAGUCCCAGCUACUUGGGAGGCUGAGGCAGGAGAAUGGCCUGAACCCAGGAGGCAGAGCUUGCAGUGAGCCGAGAUCGCACCACUGCACUCCAGCCUGGGCGACAGAGCGAGACUCUGUCUCAAAAAAAAAAAAAAAAAAAGGCUUUCCUGGAAUUCUCCAACACUUGAGCGCUUAUCUUAAGUAUAAUUGCAUUAUAUUGGUUAGACAGUCAAUUCAGUGCUUAUUGAUUUGAGAUAACUGUUUGCUACUUGUUUGUAGGAGACGCACAUUGGUUGGGAAAGGGGGAGUGAGUGAGGUUUCUCUUUCAACUGAAGACCCUACCAUAAGGUCAGGUGUAUAUUAGAUUUUCCUCUGCUGCCUUUUCAUUACUGUGUUCAUAUGGUGUUCAUUUUCUUUUUUUCUUUUUCUUUUUUGUUUUGAGACAGAGUAUCACUCUGUUGCCUAGGCUGGAGUACAAUGGCAUAAUCUCAGCUCAGCACAACCUCCGCCUCCCGGGUUCAGGCGUUUCUCCUGCCUCAGCCUUCCACGUAGCUGGGACCACAGGCGCGUGCCAUCAUGCCUGGCUAAUUUUUGUAUUUUUAGUAUAGAUGGGGUUUCUCCAUGUUGGCCAGGCUGGUCUCGAACUCUUGCCCUCGUGAUCCGCCCACCUUGGCCUCCCAAACCAAAGUGCCUGGAUUACAGGCGUGAGCCACCAUGCCUGGCCUGGUGUUCCUUUUCAUCUUUACUUAACAGCUUUCCCCAAGGACACAGAAAAAAAUAAAUAGAAAGUUACAGAAAGUAAUACUGUUUUCUUUUGGGAAAGAGGGUAGUAUUGAACAUGUAUUUUUGAAGCAGUUAGCAUGUGGAGGUAAAAGGUGCUUGCCAGUGAUGGCAGUCACUUAGUAACCUAGUUGUUGUAGUUAGGAUUUUUGUUGGUUGUAGUUGAUGAAAACCCACUUAAAAUUAGCUUGAGCCAAAAGAGAUAAUUUAUUGGACUCCAAAGAAAGGUACAGGAAGGGCAGGGGUAUAAUGUAGCUUGGUUUAUGAACGUAUAGAGCCUGUCAGUCGGACUUAAUCCGACUCUCCCUCUCUUUUUGCCUUUUCAGGCUUGUCUGCUUCACUCCUCUUUCUGCAGACCUAUAUUUCCGCCUGGCUAGCCUCUGAAUGUCACAUCAAUUAGACUUUCUUCAUAUUCUCUGCUCUUAAGUUUGAAAAUCUGAAGAAGGGAUUCUUUAGGUAUCCAGACGACAAGGUAAUACAAGAAUGUGGGCCCAGUAUGGUAGCUCACACCUGUAAUCCUAGCACUUUGAGAGGCCGAGGCAGGUGGAUUGCUUGAGCCCAGGAGUUGAAGACCAGCCUGGGCAACAUAGUGAAAACCGGUCUCUACCAAAAGAAAAAAAAAGUUAGCUGAGCAUGGUGGCACAUGUCUGUGGUUCCAGCUACUUGAGAGGCUGAGAUAGGAGGAUCACUUGAGCCCAGGAGGUUGAGGCUGCAGUGAGCUGUUACCAUGCCACUACAUUCCAGCCUCUGGGUGACAGAAUGAGACCCCAUCUCAAAAAAAAACAGCAAGGAAAUCAUAAGGAAGAGAAAAUAUAUUUAUAGUUCUAUACUAUAGUUAUCAAUACCAUAAGUUUAUGUCAGCUGUUUACAAAAUGAAUCAUCUGUCAGAAAUGAUGGGCAACCACAGCUGUAGACCUCAAUCUAACAUAACCCAUCAAGCAAUUAAAAAAAAAAGAAUGUGGGAAGUCCCACAGAAUCAUAUGGAUUGCCUAGGAAGUACACAGAGGUGGGACUGUUUUAUUGUGAAUUUCAUAACUUAUUUUGAAUUACCAGAGAAACAUACUUAUGGACUUACUACCCUUUUCUUUUUGAGACGGUAUCUUCUCUGUCCCACAGACUAGAGCACAGUGGUGUAAUCACAGCUCACUGUAGCCUCAACCUCCUGAGCUCCUGAUCCUCCUACCAGUCCCUCCUGUAGCUGGGACUACAGGUGUGCACCACUACACCCAGCUAAUUUUUCUAUUUUUUGUAGAGAUGGGGUCUCACUAUGUUGCCUAUGCUGGUCUCAAGCAACCCUCCGACCUCAGCCUCCCAGAGUGCUGGGAUUAUAGGCAUGAACCACCGUGCCCAGCCUAUUACUUUCUUUUUUUUUUUUUUGAGAUGGAGUCUCACUGUGUCGCCCAGGCUGGAGUGCAGUGGCGCAAUCUUGGCUCACCACAACCUCUGCCUCCCAGGUUCAAGCGAUUCUCCUGCCUCAGCCUCCCGAGUAGCUGGGACUACAGGUGGGCGACACCAUGUCCGGCUAAUUUUUGUAUUUUUUGUAGAGACGAGGUUUCAUUAUGUUGGCCAGGCUGGUCUCAAACUCCUGACCUCGUGAUCUGCCUGCCUCGGCCUCCCAAAGUGCUGGGAUUACAGACGUGAGCCUCCGCUCCCGGCCUCAGCCGAUUACUUUUAAUGGCUGUGAUUCUACCAAGAACAGUAUUUAAAGAGAGACCAGUUUUAAUAUGUGUAAACUGUAAAAGUUGUUUUGAAGCACCACCAAGAUAGGUUUUCUGUAAAAUCUUCAGUUUAGCUUUCCUUUUCCGGUUGCGGCGCCGCGCGGUGAGGUUCUCUAGUGCGCGCUCGAAGCCAUGCCGUCCAAGGGACCGCUGCAGUCGGUGCAGGUCUUCGGACGCAAGAAGACAGCCACAGCUGUGGCGCACUGCAAACGCGGCAAUGGUCUCAUCAAGGUGAACGGGCGGCCCCUGGAGAUGAUUGAGCCGCGCACGCUACAGUACAAGCUGCUGGAGCCAGUUCUGCUUCUCGGCAAGGAGCGAUUUGCUGGUGUAGACAUCCGUGUCCGUGUGAAGGGUGGUGGUCACGUGGCCCAGAUUUAUGCUAUCCGUCAGUCCAUCUCCAAAGCCCUGGUGGCCUAUUACCAGAAAUACGUGGAUGAGGCUUCCAAGAAGGAGAUCAAAGACAUCCUCAUCCAGUAUGACCGGACCCUGCUAGUAGCUGAUCCUCGUCGCUGCGAGUCCAAAAAGUUUGGAGGCCCCGGUGCCCGGGCUCGCUACCAGAAAUCCUACCGAUAAGCCCAUCAUGACUCAAAAUUCACCUGUAUAAUAAACAGUUUUGAGGGAUUUUAAA